UAUCUCCUGCCACCCCCUCCCUCCCGUCCUCCCUCCCUCCUCCCCCGUCCCCAAAGCGCCUGCAUCCAUCCCCUCUCGGCUCCAGACUUGCGCCUCUUCCCCUGCCCUGCCUGAUGCUCCGGGUGCUGGGGGCGUGCCAGUGGAUGGAGGUCUCAAGGCUCUGAGAAGACGACGGCUCUGGGAACCCCACCGCCGCCCACAGGGGAUGGCCCGGGCCCUGCCUGUCCAUGUGGAGUGACCGGAGGCGGGAUGACGGCCUGAAGGCGGCCGAAGCCCUCUCCCCGCGCUGGCCAAGCAUGGCAUUCUCCCAGUCCCACAUCAUGGCGGCCCGAAGGCACCAGCACAGCCGGCUCAUCAUUGAGGUGGAUGAGUAUAGCUCGAACCCCACACAAGCCUUCACCUUCUACAACAUUAACCAGGGUCGCUUCCAGCCCCCACAUGUGCAAAUGGUGGAUCCGGUCCCCCAUGACGCCCCCAAGCCUCCGGGAUACACCCGCUUUGUUUGUGUCUCUGACACCCACUCCAGGACGGACCCCAUUCAGAUGCCCUAUGGAGAUGUUCUAAUACAUGCUGGGGACUUCACGGAGCUGGGACUGCCCAGCGAAGUCAAGAAAUUCAACGAGUGGCUUGGGAGCCUGCCUUAUGAGUACAAGAUCGUGAUCGCUGGGAACCACGAGUUGACUUUUGACCAGGAAUUCAUGGCUGACUUGAUCAAGCAGGACUUUUACUAUUUCCCUUCGGUGUCGAAGCUGAAACCGGAGAACUAUGAGAACGUGCAGUCCCUCCUGACCAACUGCAUCUACCUCCAGGACUCGGAGGUGACCGUGAGGGGCUUCCGGAUCUACGGCUCCCCGUGGCAACCCUGGUUCUAUGGCUGGGGCUUCAAUCUCCCUCGAGGUCAAGCUCUAUUAGAGAAAUGGAAUCUGAUCCCAGAAGGAAUAGACAUUCUUAUAACGCACGGACCGCCCCUGGGUUUUCUGGACUGGGUCCCCAAGAAGAUGCAGAGGGUGGGAUGCGUUGAGCUGCUGAACACAGUGCAAAGGCGAAUACAGCCCCGGCUCCACGUCUUUGGACACAUCCACGAAGGGUACGGAGUCAUGGCCGACGGGACGACCACGUACGUGAACGCAUCAGUGUGCACUGUGAACUACCAGCCCGUCAACCCUCCCAUAGUCAUCGAUUUGCCCACCCCCCGAAACUCCUGAUCGCUCUAGGGCUCCGGGCCAUCCCCCACCCCCUUAGCAACUGUCUCUGCCUGGCUACAGACGGCAGGCCCCGGCUCUCCCCAGGAGGCCGGCCCCAGCUUCUUUCACCUUUUCCUUCUGCACCGUCCCAUCUGGGGGAGGGGACUCCGGCCCUCGAGGGAGCCAAGCACCUGGGUCAGGGCCCCAAGAGCUGGAGGACUGAGGGGCUGUGGUCCAUUCCUCUGCGUGUAUGUUCUAUUUAAUCUGUUAAAGGACGCCGCCUCAUGCCGCCA